CAGGCGAACAACACAACAGCAGCAGUAGUAGCAGGAGGAAGAAAAAACCUACCCCACUUGCACUCUUCGGAGAGCUUUUCCACCAAACUGGCAGAGCAAGAAAACCGAUGGCUGUUGUUCUUCUUAUACAAAUCACUCAGAAAUUCUUCUAAAUCUUCAAGCAAAGCAGUUAUACACUAGUUAAUAUUUGUCUAAAUCUAGCACCGCUCACCAAUCCAGUGGAAAGUAGUUAAAUCGCGCACAUUUCCGCUGUGAAAAUCGGAUCUGAAACAGUAUUAAUCGAAUAGGCUAUUGUGACGUGAAAUUUUCCUAGAAAAGAAGCUCCUUUCGCUGGUCGGAAAUCUUUUGCACCAACCUUUUAUCAGUAUUAUAUCGAGUAUUAGUGACUAAAUUUUACAGAAAGAAAAACGCUGAUAGUGGAAAAUCGAUUUUGCUUGUUAUUUUGCCAUUGAAAUCUACAGCAAAAGAUGCAAAUGUACAGAAUUGAAGAACGACGAAGAAUUCCAGCGCACUGGAUUGCUAUGAUUCGGCAUAGUCGGAGCUAAGCUACACUAUUGUUUAGCGAGUAGAUUUGUAGUGCCCACCCUGCCUAUCGGAAGAUCACAGCCUACUGCAAUGGAUGUAUCCGUGCUGAUAGCAUGCCUUGCCUUGGUGGGGACAUUAUUGAUUGUUUUCUUGUUGUUGUGCCGAUUGAUUCAACCGUAUGACAUUGCCUGGUUUCUGUCUAACCGAGAGGAUAAGAUAAAGCUGUCGAAGAUGAAGCUGUACAAUGCGAAUGGUUAUUUGAUGCAUUCCGGCUCGCAAAUUUUGCUUGGAUCUACCGGUAGCUUUCAGCGGUUCGAUUCCGUCGAUCGAGACUACAAACCUCAGUACGGACAAGGCCUUGGUGUUCCUGCGUGGAGAACUGCAUCCAUUGAGGAAUCCGAAAUACCUCCACAACCACUGAGACCAGCCCCGUCACCCAAGGAGCCCAAGCUUGUUAGAGAGAAAGCUAUUCAGAAACAAACAUCGGAGCCCAAACCUGCCACGGGAGGAAUAACAAUAUCGCCAAUACCUCGUCCCGUUCCUCGUAAGCAACAUUCUGCCCCCAUAUCUUUUCCACUGCCAAUGCUCAACUCACCACGAGAAAAACGCUUCCAGAAUGAAUCUCACAUAUGUACGAACCCAUUCCUAAACCAAACACCCCUGCAUGAAGAGAGCGAUCCGCUACCUCCUCCUCCUCCUCCUGCUCUUACUCAUCCUCCAGUACCUCCGAUGGCAAUACCAGACCCCCAACCAGAAACACCCUUUCUCCGGCGCCUCAUUAGAUCUGCCAACAACCCGUUCAUAUCCGAUUCUCAUAAGUCCGGUGAGGAAUGUUUCUUCAGUUUCGAACCAAUCACCGUACGAUCCAUAUUCGCCGAGGACGAUCCUCUUCGACGGGCGGAAAAACGCAUAUCGAAGAUGGAGAAUCUACGCAAAAUGUCCCGUCUCAUCGAAAGCAAUCAAGUCCUGCUGAACAUUUAUCAACAGUUCAACAGCAACGUAGACCGAUCGAGCGAGAGUGACCAAACCUCUAUUCCUCCUCCUUCGCCUCUGUUUCCUUCAACAGACAGCCCUCAGCCAACUUAUAUUGCUGGCCAUUCCUCAUCCUCCUCCACAUCUCCUCUAGUUUCACCUAAAUUUAUGGAUAGUUCUGCAAAGCCUUCACCUCGUCCUCCUACUGCUCCACAAACCGUUUCGCCACCGGUAAACCGAACAGACAACAGUAAAUACAAAGACUCUCCACGGACGGAAGCCGGGGACAACAUACGGAUUCCAACAGUUUCCAACAGUAUCAAACACAUCUUACGCAAUCGAUCCUUCUCGGAAACGGAGUUCAGCGAGCGAACGCUAUUCAAAAGCUACGCCUUGGUAUCCGAAUCGGAUCACACGAACCCUUUCGCAUACUCCAUACCGCGGAAGAAUUCAUCCUACAAGGACCUCGAGCGGUUCUGCUCCGGCUCACCGCAGCCGCCCGUUGGAAGCUCCUCUUCCUCAUUACAGAAAACACUCUCCGAAUCCUUCUUGGAGCAGUACUCGCUCGGACGAGCGGAGAACGAACGGGGCCUACCGAUGGCGCAGUUCGUCGGUUCCACCGAUCGGAUGCGUUCCGUUAUGCCAUCCACCUCGAGUGAAUCGGUUGCGUCGCAAUCUUCCGUCGUUUUCAGUGAUCUGGAACCGGCGCAACCAAUUACUGGCUAUCUGUGCGUUGGAUUGCAGUAUGAUAAAACCACGACCACGAUGGAAGGGACGGAGCUUCUCAUCACCAUUCAGGAAGCGAAGCAGCUUGUCGGCCAACCCGGCAUCGAAAUGGACACGUUCGUGAAAGUGUUUAUCGUACCUGACGAGAGCAAGGUGCUCCAAACUAAGAUUUUCAAAAGCUCCAACUCUCCCAGCUACCAGGAAACAUUCAACUUCUGGAUCCCUCACAACAACAUCCGACGAUCGCUUUGGUUUCAUCUGUACCAGACCAGCACCCAAGAGCAAAUCUUGAUCGGCGAAUGCGAGCUGCAAAUCAACGAGAACAUCAACCGCCCGAUGACCACCUGGCUAAAACUGCAGGAUUCGAGCCUCAGGAAGAGCCAACUGGGAGAUCUGAUGUUCUCGCUGAGCUACCUCCCGACGGCGGAACGGCUCACGGUAGUCGUUGUCAAGGCCCGCAAUCUGAAUCUUAAAAAUCGGGUCAACCGUUUGAAACAACAGUCUCCGCUGAUCUCGUUCGAUGACGCACCCGAUUCCACCUCCGACGAACCCGGUGAGGUGAACUCUAGCGAAGGAAUCUUUGUUAAGGUCUACCUUCUGAAGAACGAUAAGAAAGUUUCAAAGAAGAAAACCAGCGUCAAACGGGGCGAGCGAUCACCGAUCUACAAUGAGGCGAUCAUCUUCAGUGUCCCUCCGUAUAUGCUGAGCACUAUCCAGAUCCGCUGUUCGGUGGUUCAAAUGGCCAAUCGUGACUGUAACAAUCCUACCCAUCCCUUGGCAACCUAUGACAAUAGUAGUAACACGCCUACCAUGAAUGGCAACAAUAACAGUUGCGGUAGUAUCAAUCGGAGACAGAGCGUGAAACUGGUCUCGAUUGGGCACGUGAUCGUCGGCAGUGGAACCACCGGGAAGGGUUUGCGUCACUGGCACCAGAUGUUGACGACACUUCGGAAACCGGUGACCAUGUGGCAUGCUUUGAAAACCACCUCGGAACGGCAGAGGAAGCGUCUGGGAGAACCGGAGCAGGAAAGUGAGUAAGCUUUGCCUCGCGAGUAAACCAAGGGCUGUUGUUUGUGUGCAGGGAAUAAAAUUGGAAGCGUAACAGUUAUGAUAAUAAUGAUAAUAUAGCGUUUAGUGUUGGCUAACAAUGUAAGUUGAACCGGAGGAAACAUUAUAAAAAUCGUUAGAUAAACCAAGAAUAUUUCGUAUAUACCAACGUUUUUUCACCGUCGAUCGCCAAAAAUUAUAUUAUAUAUAUACAAAGUAAAGUACUAUUAUACGAUUUUCACACAAUCGAGAAGGAGGAAAAUCUCAUAAGUUAAUGGAAACAACCAAGAAUAAAUCACACACAACAAUGACAAACUAUUCUAAUAACAUUAUUAAUUUCAUCUGUCGACUGGAAUUAGAAGCAGUACUAUCAGAUUACUUGCGUAACACUAUACAGAGUUUUCCUAAGGAUUUGAUAAAAUAAAGUACUCGUAUAUUCUUUUCUUCUACCA